GCACCAGCGACGAGUGCCUGCAGCCCGCCCUGGAGGAGACGAGGGCGCCGAGCAGCUGCUCGGCGCCCAGGCGCCGGUGCGGGAGGCAGACGCCCGAGGCGCCCCUGCGGGGGGCCUGCGCCGGCUCUGCUGUGGCGGGGCCACCUUCUGCGCCGGCAUGGGCUCGGGGAUGCUGCUGAGCGCGCUGCUGCUGAUCGCCGUGGUCUCCGUGGCCCAGAACGGCGGCCUCGUCCGAGGCGGCGCGACAAUUUCUGGCGCGAGCACCGACGUCCCAGGCGACCUGCGCAAGAUGCUGGUGGUGGCGAGGAGAACAGCACGGAGAGCCGGAUCGAGCCCGUCGUGUCCGACGGUUUCUGGCACCUCGUGGACGAUGUUUGGCACCGGGCGGAGACCACUGAGACUUCGAUUUCAGUGA